GAAGGUCCCGCAGGGGCGCUCGGGGUGGGCCAGACCACUGUGGGGCCAGGGGAGAGAGGCGCUGUGUGGCUGUGUCCCCCGCCGCCCGCGCGGAAUGGUACGGCCCGGCCGGGGUUAAAGACCUGAGAGUAGGCGGCGCGUGCCGAGACCGCGCAGGCGGCGGCGGCUGCGUGAUGGGUUUUCGCGCGGGAGGAGCCCUGGGCAGAGCCGGAGCUGGCCGAGGGGCGCCCGAGGGAGCUGGGCAGAGCGGCGGCGUGCAGGGCGGCAGCAUCCACUCGGGCUGUAUCACCGCGGUGCACAACGUGCCUCUCAGCGUGCUCAUCCGGCCGCUGCCAUCUGUGCUGGACCCAGCCAAGGUGCAGAGCCUCGUGGACACGAUUCGGGAGGAUCCAGACAGCGUGCCCCCCAUCGACGUCCUCUGGAUCAAAGGGGCUCAGGGUGGUGACUACUUCUACUCCUUUGGGGGCUGCCACCGCUAUGCAGCCUACCAGCAGCUGCAGCGAGAAACCAUCCCUGCCAAGCUUGUCCAGUCCACGCUCUCGGACCUAAGGGUGUACCUGGGUGCUUCCACGCCGGACUUGCAGUAACAGCCUCCUUGGCACCUACCACCACUGCCACGAACCCAGAAGACGCACCUGGCCUCCAGUGGGCUGAGCCAUGCGAAGGUGUAGCAGGGGUGCAUUCUCUUUGUGCCUGGGGGGCAGGUCUAACUCGAAGCACCCUCUUUUUUAGCUGCAAGACCUUGGAUUCAUGACUGAACAGUGUGGGAGCCCCACUUCCCACCUCGGGGAAAAUGGGUCGUGUGUUUUCUCUUGAGGGAUUAUUGAGAGGGUGAAAUGAGAAAGGAGAUGGGUUUGGAGAGCCACAUGCUGCUGGCUCCAGGUUCCCAAGGACAAGGAUCCUUUUGCAUUUCUGUCUCUAUAUAUCAUAUCGUGUGAAUACAUUCAUCUGCAAGUAAAGGAAAGCCUAGGUUCCAGUGGCUUAAACACAGAGAAGUUUGUUUUUCCACAUAGCAUGAAUUCUGGAGACAGUUGGCUAAUGGUAUUGGUUUAACAACUCAGCAAAGUUAUGGCACACGUCUCUGUGAUCCUUUCGGCCUUUCCCACAUUGCAUGUCACUUCAUGGUCACAGGAUGGCUGCUGUACCUCCAGCAAUCAUGACUGUGUUCAAGGAAGAGCGGAGUUGGGGAGGAAGAAGGGCUCAGCCAGCUGGACCUGUCAACUUCUAUCAUAAAGUCAGGCCUUUUUCAGAGGCCUGUUUCCUGCACUCUUCCCCUGUGUAUUUCUACUUAGGUCUCCUUGGCCCAAACCAGGUACAGUUGCCACCCCUAGCUGCAAAGAAAGCUAAGACGGCAGGAACACAGCUGUCACAGUUUAGUAAAUCAAUCAUAUCCCAUCUCCUAGAACUGGCACACUGCCUCCUAAAUAAUAUUGGAAUCCCCUUAACAAGAGAGAAGUGAGGAAUUGUGUGUCAGUUAGCCGUUGCUGUGCAACAAACCACUCCAGAACUUGGCAGCUAAAAACAAGUUGUUUAUUUGCCUAAAAUUCUUUGGGUUGGCAAUUUGGGCUGGGCUCAUCUGGGCAGUUCUGCUGAUCUUGCUUGGGGUCACUCAUGGGGUUGUAUGCAAUCAGCUGUCACCCCAGAUGGGGCUGGAUGGUCUCGGAUAGCCUGACUCACUUGUCUGGCAGUAGGUAGGCUAUUGGCUGGGUGACUUGGUUCUCCUCCAUGUGUCCUCUCCAGCAGGUUAGUUCAGGCUUAUUUUCAUGAUAUCAUCAGGGCUCAAAGAGAGAGGGAGAGGGAGGGAGGUGUGUGUGUGUGGAGGGAGGGGAAGAGGAAGGGGGAGAGAGAGGAGAAGCUCCAAGGCUUUUUUGAGUUUUAGGUCAGAAUUGGUACAAUGUCACUUCUGCUAAGUCCUUCUGGUCAGAGCAAAUCAAAAGUUUUGCUUAGAUUCAAGGGAUGGGGAAACAGACUACACCUCUUGGAGAAACUACAAAGGAUUCAUGGCAUUUUUCUCCACCUAUCACAGAUGACUUUGGAUAAGCAAAUAACAGUGUUUCUUUCUCACUGUUCCUUUCUCUCUUGUACAGAGCCUUGCUCUGUCCAGGCUGAGGUCAUUAAGACACUAGACACUGUCCUGACCCUGCAGAGGGAAGGAAGUGAUGGGGCAGUGGGUGGUCUCUCCCGGGGCUGAGCCCACUCUAGGAGGGGCAUCUUUUAUCAUCUGUACUGGUGGGUUAGGGGGAAUGGGUAGGCCAGGUGGGACGUUCCAAAGGGACUUCUGAAAUCCUAGAGUCCUGGGGGGAAGGGAAGAGAUAGAGGAAGGGUGCAGAGUGAGGCGGGCCUUGCUCUCACUGCCCUGCUCAGGGAACUAGGUCACCUGCUGUUUUCAAGCUUCAGUUUCUCCUGCUCAGUAAUAAAGACAACAGCUUUCCCACCCAUUCUCUGUCCCAGGGAAAGAUGACUGAGAUGACCAAUGGAAUUUAAAAGGUAUGUAGUCAUAAAUGCAGUGUGAUAUCCUGGAUUGGAUCUUGAAAAAACAACAACAAAAGGACCUUAAUGGAAAAACUGGAAAUCUGAAUGAGGUCUGGAUUUUAGAUAAUUUUACGAAUGUUGACAUUGGGGUAGGCUGGGUGCAGAGUGUAUGGGAGCUAUCUGUACUAUAUUUGCAACUUUUCUGUAAAUUGAAAAUCAUUCCCAAAUAAAAAUUUAUUUAA